AUUUUUGUUGUGACUUUUUUUGACUUGCAGAUACAGACUAUACCGUGGUGCACUAGGCUUUCAAAAAUAAAGCCGAGAUGCUGUGAAGCCAUUGCAUCGCAUAUGAUUCGAUUUGUAUUUACCUGCUUGUUCGAAAAGAAAGAAAGAACGUCGUUUGCAAAGUUCUAUUCAAGUAUACAUCACGGCUGUUCAAACAUUGCAGCUGCAAGAAUUUUUAUCUAGUCCUCUCAACACUUCGAAAAUAAACAAAAUUUAGAAACAGCGCGCAAAUUCAUCCAAUGUUGAGGAGAUACGGUGUUUUAAGUUCGCGUCGAUCAUUCUUUACAAGGAAGUAAAAAAGACCUUGAACUUUGUUUGGCAAACCACUCAUAUAGCUUAGCUGACGUUGUGUUUUGGAUGUGGACUAAGACUGAGUCGCAAGUCACAAUGGAAGAUACGGUUAUUUUAAAACUAGAAAAGCUGAUUGGCCGUCUGAAAAACAUAUAUGACGUCAAAUUGAACAUUUAACGUUAAGGACAAUGUUGGUGACAAAAACACUUGUUAUUUAAAUGCAGCUUAACUCAGCAGACGUGUUUUGAUGUUGAAAAGUUUUCCGUUCGAAACAGAGCUGUUGUUGCUUGUAAUUGUUGAUACGAAUAAAUUGAAAAAGAUAGCGAUGAUGCAGAAAGUGUUUGGUCAGUUGUUUUAUCGUGUUCGCGCACAAUCAACGCAAACACGAGAUGCAUUGAAGUUACGAGAGAAUGUCAGAUAUAUUUCUAAAGGGUUGCAUGCCGAUGAAGAAAUGAUUAAUAAGCGUAAAGUGGAAGUAAAACGUGCCCUGUUCGAUUUUAUUGUGAAUCAUACAGAAAAAAGUGAUCAGAAUGAAAAAUUAAAUGAAUACAAAGUAUUACUUAUCGACUCCUUUUGCGACGUUAAUACGAAGUUAGUCCGUUUAUUUUCCAUGAUCGAAGGUGAAUUGGAAGUAAUCGAUGGUGAACUGGAUAAAAAAUGGAAGUUGUAUGGAAAGAAAAAGUUACGAUCUAAUAAACUUGAAUUAAAAGGACUACGAACACAAGUAUCUAACAUGUCAGACAAUAUUGUUGAAAUGAUUGAAUACUUAGAUUUGAAGUUCAAGUUACUACCAAAUACAUAAAAACAAAAAACAAUCUUUUUUGUCCAUUAUAUAGCACCAUAAGAAUAACAAUAACAAAUAUUUAAAGUGACUGGCCCAGAAAAUCACAUCCUCGACCCCAGGGUUUAUUGCCUUGUGUCAAAGCCGCUAGCGGUUACUAAACGGCGAAGUUGCAGAAAAUCACAAAAACCCAUGGUUAUAACAAAAAAUGCUUCUCAUCUUAAAAAUAACCAUGGUCAACAAUUUUAUAUACUGAGGAAAAUUACAAAGAAAAAUACUACUUCAAUUUGUUCCCUUGCAUUGAAAAUGGAGAAACCGGUAGUCAAGGAGAAAAUUGGCCUUUUGAGACAAAGUUUUGUACUUAUAAUUCUGAGGAGAAUCGUUCACGUCUGUCGUGCUUAACCCGCGUUUACCACCCUCGUCCUCAGUUUUUUUUUUUUUUUAAUAUCAGAAAGGCUAAAAUCUCUGGAAAUAAGGGUGCGGUAUUCAGUAUAGUGGUGUCUUCAGGUGCUACUUACCUGGAAGAGGUAAGGAGAUAAAUGCGGUAUUUUUGAGUAAUGUUUAAAGAGACUCAGGUCUUGUUUUUGUUAAACGGGACCAUUUUUACAUUACGUUUUUACAGUGCAUUCUGUUCUGGCAAUUAGAAUUAAAAAGUUUGGAUGAUUGAUAUGAUAACGUAAUGAUAAGUAUAGUAAGGCAAAGUGACUUUUGCAGUUUUCUUUGAAAAAAGAGGGAAAAACCUCCUUAAGACACCUGUGUUAUUUGCUGAGUUUUUUGUCAUCAAUUGCUUGCAAUAAAUAAAUAACAUUUUGAUCACAAAAUAAUAGGCGGCUCUCUGUUAUUGGAAGUUUCACAAACUAAUUGGCUAAAAAAGGUAUAUGCAAAAUAAUAACAACCAUCCUAUGUGAGAUUUCAAUGCUUGUGUAACUGAACUAAUAUCAAUCAAAACACGAAAAAGGAUCCCACUUUAGAGCCAACAUGAUUUUUCCAUACGCAGCCACCAACCUUGUUCCCAGUGCCAACAUAGGAACGUAAACGUCUGGCAACGACUUCAUUUAGCACCGGGCUAAGUAGUCCCGACACACGACGUACAACAUAACUAACAACCUUCAUACUUUAUCGACAUAAAAAGCCGACAGACGUCCAGUCAUACUUCUCCAACCAAAUGGAGCCAUACGUUGGUAUGGCCAUCGACAGAAAAUUUAUGUGUUUUUUAUGAAUUAUGAAGGUAUUAUGCAGUAUUAUGCGAUAUUACGUUGUUAUGGCCAUCGACAGAAAAUUUAUGUACUUUUUUUGAAUUAUAAAGGUAUUAUGCAGUAUUAUGCAGUAUUAUGCGAUAUUACGUUGGUUAUGGAUUAUUGACAGAAAAAAUAUGUAUUUUUUAUGGAACGAUAGAGAGUAUUAUGAAGGCAUUAUGCAGUAUUAUGCGAUAUUACGUUGGUGGGCAUCGACAGGAAAUUUUUGCAUUUUUUAUGUAACGACAGAGAGUAUUAUGAAGGUAUUAUGCAGUAUUAUGCGAUAUUACGUUGGUAUGGCCAUCGACAGAAAAUUUAUGUGUUUUUUAUGAAUUAUGAAGGUAUUAUGCAGUAUUAUGCAGUAUUAUGCGAUAUUACGUUGGUAUGGCCAUCGACAGAAAAUUUAUGUAUUUUAUGAAUUAUGAAGGUAUUAUGCAGUAUUAUGCAGUAUUAUGCGAUAUUACGUUGGUAUGGCCAUCGACAGAAAAAAUAUGUAUUUUUUAUGUAACGACAGAGAGUAUUAUGAAGGUAUUAUGCAGUAUUAUGCGAUAUUACGUUGGUUAUGGAUUAUUAACAGAAAAAAUAUGUAUUUGUUAUGUAGCGACAGAGAGUAUUAUGAAGGCAUUAUGCAGUAUUAUGCGAUAUUACGUUGGUAUGGCCAUCGACAGAAAAUUUAUGUACUUUUUUUGAAUUAUGAAGGUAUUAUGCAGUAUUAUGCGAUAUUACGUUGGUUAUGGAUUAUUGACAGAAAAAAUAUGUAUUUGUUAUAUAGAGAGGAUGUCGGAUAAUGCAGUUUUAUUUGUCGGGUCCAUUUGGUUGGAGAAGUAUGACUGGACGUCUGUCGGCUUUUUAUGUCGAUAAAGUAUGAAGGUUGUUAGUUAUGUUGUACGUCGUGUGUCGGGACCACUUAGCCCGGUGCUAAAUGAAGUCG